UUUCUUAAUUCGCUUUUUUAAUAUACUUGGCGUCAAAAUGGCGACCCGCGGCACUAUGGAGGCAUGUUUUCCCAAUGAGUGUGAAGCUUCUAAAAUGAAGGUUGAACAAAAAAGAAAAUCAGAACUGAUAAGUGAGAUUCGCAGGCUGAACAUUCAGAUCCAGGCCAUAGAGCGAGAAAGAGCAACUCACAUAUUCAGCAAGCGGUCAGAUUUUCGUAAAGACUUUGCAUCACUUGAAGAAAUAGAGGCCAAACUUCUGGAAGAGAGAAAUGAAGAUUACCUUCAAAUGUGCCAGCAGCUGUCAAGGAUGAGUCACAUGGUCAAGGGAUUUCGGAAAGAACUGACUAGCAUCAAACCCACACCAGAAUUUGUUGAGAAACUCAAGAGAGUCAUGGAGGAAAUUGAAAGAUCUAUUAAUUCCUUCAAAGAUGAGCAGAAGUGCAAGUAUGAAGAGCUGCUGCGAGAAGAACGUGCUACAUAUCAGGAGCUGAAUGCAUUGGAGCGAAAGUUUUUGGCGUGGUCUGAAAUGUGCGAACAUCAGACCAUACAACUACAUGCUGUUGUCAACCAACAAAAUAUAGCCAGUGCCAGAGAUAUCACAAAGGACUUGCCGCCAGAAGUUGCAGCAUUUGAGAAAUUUGUUGAGCAAUCAGGUGGACAUAGAGGUGGCUGGGAUGAGUAUGACCAUGGAACAUUUAUGAAAGUCCGCAACAAAUAUAAAGGGCGAAUAGUGUUCCUGGACCAUCUUAAGGGCAUGCUUCUGACUAAGACAGAAGACGAGAUUCGGGAACAUGAGACGUGGUACCAGGAAUAUCUUUUCCUCAAUGAACGCAAGAAAGACAUCAUCAAGAACUGGAGGACAAAGAGGGAGGAGGUCAAGGAAGACUUGUUGUCCAAGGCACGUGAUGGCCAAGACAGUGAAGAUAAAGAAGAUGAAAAAAGCAAGCAAAGGUUACAGGAGAUCAUUGAUGCAGAGAAAAAAGAGCGAUUCUCAAAGCUGAAUGCUUGGAAGGUUCACAAGGAGCUGGAGAAGGCCAUUCAAGAAGAGAGGAAGAUGAGAAAAGAGCUUGCCAAAGUGAAAAAAGCAGAGGAAGAACGUAAACGUCAGGCAGAGGUGAGAGUCCAGGUGGAAGAAUUCAGAAAGCAGCGAGAACAGGAGGAGGAAUUUCUAAGACAGCAAGAGGAGUUAUGGAGGAGACAAGAGGAAGAAUGCAGGCGUCAGCUGUCAGCCAGAGAAAUUGUCAAAUUUCGCACCCGAGAUCAACAGCAACUGCAACAAAAGUUAGCCAAAGAGGCAGAAAAAGAGAAUGCUUUGAGAGCCAAAGAAAAGCAACUGGAGAGCUAAGGAUUGCAGGUGGAGCCUCACGUUGAGAGGGAUCCCAAUCGUCUUCUGCAGCCAACAUCAGGCUGGGAGGCCCGUGUUAAAAGUAAAGAACCAAGCAGUGGCGGUAGGGUGCUUCACAUGCCACAUCGGGCCAUUCCCAGCUGGCGGAAACAGUAGUAGUACAAAGAGCAACUGGCUAUUGAAGAGGAUUUGGUUAUGUAUCUGAGAAUGUGUAGGUUAAGAAAAAAACAAAACAGGAUGUCAUU